UCUACAUAGUCAGCAGCAGAAUAUGUGAAGUCCCGCCUGCCUGAGGUCCUAAAACAACACCUUCAGGACUACGAGAAGGACAAGGAGAACAGCGUGCUGUCUUACCAAACCAUCCUGGAGCAGCAGAUUUUAUCCAUUGAUCGAGAGAUGCUGGAAAAAUUGACUGUAUCCUAUGACGAAGCAGGUACGACGUGUUUGAUCGCGCUGCUGUCGGACAAAGAGCUCACCGUGGCCAACGUCGGGGAUUCACGCGGAGUCUUGUGCGACAAGGACGGCAACGCCAUCCCCUUGUCACACGAUCACAAGCCCUACCAGCUGAAAGAGAGGAAGAGGAUUAAAAGAGCCGGUGGUUUUAUCAGCUUUAACGGCUCCUGGCGCGUUCAGGGGAUCCUGGCCAUGUCCCGCUCGCUGGGAGAUUACCCCCUGAAGAACCUGAACGUUGUCAUUCCCGACCCCGACAUCCUUACCUUUGACCUGGACAAACUGCAGCCGGAGUUCAUGAUCUUGGCGUCGGACGGGCUGUGGGAUGCGUUCAGCAACGAGGAAGCCGUUCGAUUCAUCAAGGAACGCUUGGAUGAACCGCACUUUGGUGCCAAGAGUAUAGUUCUACAGUCCUUCUACAGAGGAUGUCCUGAUAAUAUAACGGUGAUGGUGGUGAAGUUCAGGAAUAGCAGCAAAACAGAAGAACAGUAA